AUGCCUCGAGAAAAGAUAAGUCUAUCGCUAACGGAAUUUCAAACUAUAUAUUCACAGCUAAGGGAUAACUUAGGUCAAAGAUUGGUAAAAAGUCUACCACAACAAACAAAUGAUGAUAUCGUAAGAUCUAAAGCUGAAAAUUACCUACAAAAAUAUUUAUUGGAAGCUAUGGAAAUGGCUUACAAAUCAUUGGAUAUUGAACAGGAGCAAGAACAACAGGAAGAAUAUACUGAAAAAGAGCAUGAUAUUCGAGAUAUUUUAUUAAAGGAUGAUGAGAAGGACGUUGAGCCAUUUGAUUUAGAAUUAAACGAAAAGGUGCGAAAACUAUAUCAAGAUUGGGAGACCGAAGUAGUUAAUGUAACACAAUUACGUAAGAAUGGACCACGUAGAUUAGGAACUGAAUUGGACGGACUGAAUAAUAAAUUAUUAGAACGAAUCGAUAAUGAGAUAUCAGACGCUUCUCAUAUUGCUAGUACUGAUAACAACAGCGUAGAAUUCUCCAUAAAAGACGAUGAUAAUAGCUAUUCCAUCGGCAUAAAAGAAUUAAAUGAAUCGUCUCAAGAGUUGUUGGGUAAAGUUAAAAAGAAUCAAGAUGUAUUAGGAAGAAAAAAAGAUUUUGUGGAAAGGAAUACUCAGUUUAAAGAAACCUAA